AUGAGCGUUUUCACCCAAAGAAAAUCUCCCCCAAGCCAGAGGCCCUGGAGCGAGGGGGAGACUCACCGGCGCAGCGGCUCCAGGGAAGGAGCUCGCCAGGGCACAGAGCACCUCCCCCUGGCCAGGGUCCCUCCUGCCGCAGGCGCCGCGGGCCGAGACCGGGCUCCCCGCCGGCAGCGGCCGCCCCGGGGCGCGAUCUCACAGAGCCCGGCCGGCUCGACACCUGCCCCCGGGGCACGUCCCGACGCGGGGCAGAAGCCGCCCCUCGGCCUGCGGCGCCCCCGGGAGCCCCAGCAACGGGCCGCGGGGGGGCGGAAGCAGGUGGGCGGAAGUCGCGCGUGCGCAGAGGCAGAGCUCAGCGGCUGCUGCGGGAGCGGGCUGAGCGGCAGGGUCUGUGCCGGGGCGACCUUCAUUAACCCCCCCGCGCCCGGCCCGCGCCCUGCUCCCGCUGGGGCCGCCCCGGGCCCUGCCCGCCCCGCUGCCGAGCUGCCGCCUCCAGGCUGCAGAACGACGUCCAUCCUCCAGCUCAGCUCCUCCCAUCCUCCCAUGGGAUGGGGAAGAGAAAUGGCUGCAGUGGAGCCAGCUCAGGGGCCGGUGACCUUCACGGAGGUGGCUGUGUAUUUCACCAAAGAAGAGUGGGCUCUGCUGCAUCCUGCUCAGAGAGCUCUCUACAGAGAUGUCAUGCAGGAGAACUAUAAGAAUGUGACCUCGCUGGGCCAUGCUUACUGUUCCUGGCUUCUCCAGGACUGACUCAUUGUCUCUGGACUUCUCUGUCGGCAAGAAGCAAUGGCAGGGAGACUUGCCCUCUGUCUGGAGUCUUCGAUUUCUGGGAGAAGGAUUUACUUUCUCUGUGUUUUUAUGAGACCCUUUGAAAUUCAGCGUCUGCGACAUUAACCACAGUACAAUCUGGACUGUUGAAUAGCUGUUUCUCCUCAGUUCCCCAACCUGCGGUGCCUUUUACACUGCUUUACUGUGAGAACAGCCACUCCUAGGCGGUUAACACACAGUCUCCAGCAUGUAACUCGCUCCCAGCUUCACAGUAUUGACUGCUGCUAGGCAGCGACGCUCCCGUUACAGUACACCACAGGAGAACCUCAGAAACUUCUCUGCUACCAGACUUUCCCCCAGAAAUGUGCAUCUUGCAUUGUACAGCACACUGCUGAACAAUGCAAACUCAUACGAAGUCUGUCAUUUCAUCAGUGGAAAAUGACAUGCACCAGGCUCGUUAUUCCAGAUGGAGUUUCCAACUCACUUUAAUCCAAACACACUGGUUAAAUAAAACAAUAAAACCAAAUUGUUAACUAUGGAAAAAAAGGAUUUUAAGUGACUACAGGUAAUGAUUUUGGAAUACUGAAAGUCGUCUUGUUUUUUGUUUUUUUUAGUUGUACAGGAAGUGAUGGCUAAUCUUGAAAAGUUAAUUUGAUUUAAUUUACCCCCCGUAGUGUAAGAAGUUCUGGUAGAAAACCUUGCUCCAAAGGUUGGGGUGGGAGAAUGUGUGUGAGAGAGAAUGUAUAAGAGAAUAUUGGCCUAGUAUAGAUUUUAAUUUUUUGUAUUUCAAAUAGAACUUAUUUUGCUUAGCCUCAAAAUCAAUUUCUAUUAAAAGGAAAACUACUUGAGACAA